GUGUGGCCUUGGGCAAGUCCCUUGAGCAAUGUGGUCUCAGUUUCUCAUCUGUAAAAUGGGAAUUAAACCUCUUACCUCAAUGAGUUGUCAGGAUUAAACAAGAAACCACCUGAGAACUGCUUACCUAAAACAGACAAAUGCAUUCCCAGAAAAGUAAGUUCCCCUCUGCUUUCGGUUUCCUGCCUCCCCGCCGUGCCUCAGAAUGGAGAAAGAACUCAGCCCCUCUGGCGUCCCUUCUGUUUCAGAACCUAGCCUGGACUUGACUGCACUGUCUUGGGAGGUGGGCUGUGGUGCCCCCGUUCCUGUGGUGAAAUGUGACAAGGACAAUCCUUACCGAACCAUUACAGGAGACUGUAACAACAGGAGGAACCCCGCUCUGGGCGCCGCCAACAGGGCGCUGGCGCGCUGGCUGCCCGCCGAGUACGAGGACGGGCUCUCCCUGCCCUUCGGGUGGACGCCGGGGAGGACGCGGAACGGCUUCCCGCUCCCGCCGGCCCGCGAGGUUUCCAACAAGAUUGCAGGCUACCUGAGUGAGGAGGGUGUUCUGGACCAAAACACGUCCUUGCUGUUCAUGCAGUGGGGUCAAAUUGUGGACCAUGACCUGGAUUUUGCCCCCGACACCGAGCUGGGGAGCAGCGAGUACUCCAAAGCCCAGUGUGACAAGUACUGUAUCCAGGGAGACAACUGCUUCCCCAUCAUGUUCCCUCCCAAUGACCCCAAGGUGAAGACUCAAGGGAAGUGCAUGCCCUUCUUCCGAGCUGGGUUCGUCUGCCCCACUCCACCUUAUCAGUCCCUGGCUCGAGAUCAGAUUAACGCUCUGACCUCCUUCCUGGAUGCCAGCCUUGUAUACGGUCCUGAGCCCAGCCUGGCCAGCCGCCUUCGAAACCUCAGCAGCCCGCUGGGCCUCAUGGCUGUGAACCAGGAGAUCUGGGACCACGGACUGGCUUACUUGCCCUUUGACAUCAAGAAGCCAAGCCCCUGUGAGUUCAUCAACACCACGGCCCAAGUGCCCUGCUUCCUGGCAGGAGAUUUCCGAGCCUCCGAGCACACUUUGCUGGCUGCUUCCCACACCCUCCUUCUCCGAGAGCACAACCGGCUGGCCAAAGAACUAAAGAGACUCAACCCUCACUGGGAUGGAGAGAAGCUCUACCAGGAAGCCCGGAAAAUCCUGGGAGCCUUCAUGCAGAUUAUCACCUUCAGGGACUAUCUACCCAUUGUGCUCGGUGAUGAGAUGCAGAAGUGGCUCCCUCCAUACAGAGGCUACAACCAAUCUGCUGACCCCCGAAUCUCCAAUGUCUUCACCUUUGCCUUCCGCUUUGGCCACACGGAGGUCCCCUCCACCAUGUCCCGCCUGGAUGAGAAUUAUCAGCCUUGGGGUCCAGAAGCAGAGCUCCCCCUGCACACCCUCUUUUUCAACACCUGGAGGAUGGUCAAAGAGGGUGGAAUUGACCCUCUGGUCAGGGGCCUGCUGGCCAAGAAGCCCAAGCUGAUGAAUCAGAAUAAAAUGAUAACAGAAGAGCUGCGCGGCAAGCUUUUCCAGCCCACUCACAAGAUCCACGGCUUCGACCUGGCCGCCAUCAACAUACAGCGCUGUCGAGACCACGGGAUGCCCGAUUCUGGUGGGAGAACCCUGGGGUCUUCACUGAGAAGCAGCAGGACUCUCUACAGAAAAUGUCCUUCUCACGCCUUGUUUGUGACAACACCCACAUCACCAAGGUCCCACGGCACCCAUUCCAGGCCAACAACUACCCUCAAGGCUUUGUGGAUUGCUCAGCCAUUGACAAGCUGGACCUUUCACCCUGGGCCUCAGUGGAGAAUUAGGGGCCCAGAUUUCCCAGCCUCCCACACUGUGCAGUUUUGCUCCCUUUGGUCCAUGAUGCCAUUUCAGGCAAGUUCAAUGACCCUGUCCCUUAGAGCUGCACACCCCAUCCGGGCCCUUCUAUUCAGCUGGGUUUCUUGACACUCACCAGAUGCACACCUCGCUCAAAUCCAAGGCCAGCACCUCUGCCUUUCCAGCUCUUCCACCUGAAUCCCACUGUUUCCAUGCCAUCUGCUCUGUCUGUGGGAUGUCACCCAUCCUCUCCCUGCAGCAAGUCUUGACUGAGGCCAUGGUCUUUGCACUCUUAACUUUCCUCCUCUCCUUUCAAGCUAGAUUGUGAGCUCCUUGAGCCAGAGACUUCUGUCUGCUUCCCAGUGUCCCCCGUGCCAUCAAGCAUGAUGCUCAGCACACAGCAAGGGCUCAAUAAACAUCUGAUGAUUGACUGAU